GGAACUAAUUGAAAUUUUGGCAAUUUCAAGAAACCAGAAGCUUCCACAACCAGGAGAGGAGAGCCAGAUCCUGGAACUGCUGAUUCAGAGAGAUGGAGAGUUUCAAGAGCUAAUGAAGUUGGCAGUUGAUCAGGGGAAAAUCCAUCAUGAAAUGCAGCUUUUAGAAAAGGUAGUAGAAAAGAGGGAUAAUGAUAUUCAGCAGCUGCAGAAACAACUAAAAGAAGCAGAGCACAUACUGGCAACAGCUGUUUAUCAAGCAAAGGAAAAGCUGAAAUCAAUUGAAAAAGCAAGAAAAGGUGCCAUUUCCUCUGAAGAAAUAAUUAAAUAUGCCCAUAGGAUCAGUGCUAGCAAUGCUGUGUGUGCUCCUCUGACGUGGGUACCAGGGGACCCACGUAGGCCAUAUCCUACAGACCUGGAAAUGAGGAGUGGUCUCUUGGGUCAGAUGAACAACCCAUCCACCAAUGGAGUUAAUGGACACUUACCAGGGGACGCGCUUGCCGCGGGCAGACUGCCAGAUGUGCUGGCUCCUCAGUAUCCUUGGCAGUCAAGUGAUAUGUCAAUGAACAUGCUACCUCCUAAUCAUAGUAAUGACUUCAUGUUGGAGCCUCCAGGACACAAUAAAGAGAACGAAGAUGAUGUAGAAGUUAUGUCAACAGACUCCUCAAGCAGCAGUAGUGACUCAGACUAGGUACAAGAGGGACAGUAUCCCUAGUAGACCUUUCCUGUGGUGAAGGUAGGUUGGGUGCUGUUCAUCACAAGCCAAAAUACCCUUUUGUUACACUGGUGGCCCUAUGUAGGGAGAAGAUAACAGCUGGCUCAGAAAUAGGGUGACUAAUUUAUAAACCAUGGACUUUAGAGUAUUUUUUUUGCAUUAGAUGUUCAAUGACUGGGAGCUUUCUGCUGGAGGAGAGAUGUCACAUUUCCAGCGAUUAUGCAAAUCUGUGAAUGUGUAUGUUUGUAAGAGACAUGGUGUAUAUUUACUACAUUAGAUGAUGAAAGUUCCUGGGAAAAAAGGUGUAAGGGGAAUCCCCUUCUAUGUUUGUUAGUAACUUUACUCUUUUGAUGAUAGCCUUUUCUACGGCACAGAAAUGAGACAUGACAUUUGUAAUUUUAAUAUCU